AACCAUAAGUCUGGACAUACUGAAAUAUUUACUUUUGGUUUGUCUCAUCAUUAAUCUCAACAGGAUUCAAUCAUUCAAAAGAUUUAGACAUUAAUCUUAUGGUUAAAUAAGUUGCUAGCAAGCAAACAUUUUCAAAAGUCCUGAGUCAUCAAUCUCGGAUGCUUUAGUAUUUUAUUGCUUACUAAUUUGGCUGAAUCUCAAAUUUCAAAUUUUCUCAGAUAAUCCUCAAGUUUAAAACUAAUGACUUAAAUAUAGUUACUGCAUCGAUACUAGUUUAGGAUCAAUGAUCAUACAAUUAACAGAACUCCUUGUCUCAAAAUAUUCCAUGUUUCUUUGAUCUUCAGUGGAUAAAAUCUACUUAUACUUCGAUUGGGUUCUCAAUCUUUCUCACAAUAUUUACUAGUUCUGCCAGGAUAAGCGAAAAUACAUAAAUCAGAGUGCUCAUCCGAUGUGGGAUUACGAGACUGUGCUCCAGCAGAUGGAGCAGACCAGGCAGUGCUGCCCAUUUGCUUAAGAGAAUCAACUAAAUAAUUGAGACUGUAAAUGCAGAGAUCUUCAGGAGUCUUCAAUAUCUGAGCAUUGACAAAGAAAUCUGCAUCAAGAAAGUGUAAAUGAAUACAAAGAGACUCAACCAAACCUGCUCAGCAGCAAACGAUUCAUGAGAGUCAAGAGAAUGGACAAAUAGCCCAUGACAACGGAACUCAAGAAUCUAGUAAACUUAGUGAAAAUGAUGAAGAUACCUUAAAAAACACCAAAGGAAUCAUCAACAGAAGAAGACGUUCUAAAAAGCUCAACAUCAAAGCAAAAAUUAUUAAGCUUCGUGAUUACCUGCUCACAAAUCGUGAAGCAUUUUUCAAAUGCUCAAUGAAGAAAAGGAGAUGAACCAAAGAUACUACUUUGAAAAUACGCUCUAAGUACAUCGGAGUGUCCAAAAAUAAUACUCACUGGCAGGCUUUCAUCACCGUCAAAAGAGUCAAGAGAUACAUCGGAAUAUUCUUCGAUGAACUAGAAGCAGCCAGAACAUACGAUUUGUAUGCGGUCGCAAUGAAAUGGAAGAGAGCAUUCCUUAACUUUAACUAUAUUUGGUAUAAGAUGCUAGAAGUGAUAAAUUUCUAUCUAGCCCAAGGCAGAGUAAAUAUGGAACUACCUUGUGGAAAGUCAACCCAAGCGACAAUAAUGUAUCCUCUUAAUAUCCAACUCCAUUUCUGGUUAAUAAAUUUAGGAAUAAAUCGUAUAUUUUUAAUUCCACCUAUCUAUGCUUUCACACUCAAACCUAAAUCCUUAUUGUUUGCCUUCUUUGGCUUAUGACAGAGUCAAUACUUCUUGAAGUCUGGCAUCUCACUGGCAACCUCAUUUUGCGAACUGAAACUUUCAUCAAAGAGUCGAAAUAAGCUAAUUGAUUUUCAAUAUUAG